CCUUCUGUGGUGAUUUAUAAGGCCAUAAUUGUAAACGAUCGACGAAAACUGCAAGAAGAUCUUCGAUUUAAAGGGUGCUUUCUACAGAAAUGAAAGAAUAGUGCGCGUAAAUGCUGUGAUUACAUAACCCCCUGCCCUCUCCCCCCGAGUAGAUAAUUUCAGCUCUUAUAAUUUAGCAAGAGCCACGAGUAUCGGGCGUUACGAUCAUCAAAUCAACUAAUAUAAAGAUGAAUCAACAGUGUAAGGUUUGCGGAGAGCCGGCAGCUGGUUUUCACUUUGGGGCAUUUACUUGCGAGGGUUGUAAGUCCUUCUUCGGCAGAACGUACAACAAUCUCGGAAGCAUAUCGGAAUGCAAGAACGGCGGAGUUUGCGUUAUCAAUAAGAAGAAUCGCACAGCCUGCAAAGCCUGCCGCCUAAGGAAAUGCCUGAUGGUUGGUAUGUCCAAGUCAGGAUCACGCUAUGGACGCCGUUCGAAUUGGUUCAAGAUACACUGCCUUCUACAAGAGCAGACUAACAGUAGCCAAAAUGCAACGGGCCUUGGUGCGUCGCACUUUGGAUCGGGAUUUUUGCCAAGCUUCCUACCUGGGCUCCAGUCGCAGUCGCAACAAGGCUUGAUUUAUGCCGGUAAGGACGGUAGAGAACAGACCUCCCCGAGUCAAGAGGACCUAGCGCUUCAGUCACAUUUACUCCAUGUAGCUAUGAUGAAACAAAAAAGCCGGGAACGUAGCGAUAAGUCACCCAGACCCGAUGAAAUGGCUCUUCAAAAUCAACUAAAACUGCUCGCUUGGCAGAAGGAAGAAGAUCGAGUAAGUCAGCAACAUACAACGACGCCUCCAAGGAACAGCACGCCACCUUCGGCCUUUCCUUACAAGGAUCUCGUCUCCGUCUCGAGCUCGUCCAUGUUUUCAGUAAAUUUUGCUCAAAAGGAUGCAGCCAUGCCUUCAAGUUCUCUCGAAGUUUUUAGACCCUUUUUGCCAAUUUACAAGCGGACAACCGAUACACCCAGCGACAGCGGCGCUUCAUCUGUUGAGAGCGACGAACACGAUGAAUCGCGCAGUAAUUCGGCCUUUAGUUAUUUCAAACAGGAUGCCUCUCCAACGACUGCUGAACGUGACUUUCCCAGGCGAAAAAUCAACGCCACUGUGACCCUUACCACUGACUACUUAACGCACCACGGUCACGGACUAGUCUACCCGCCAGCCGAGCUGGUCACGCCGGCUACCUCGCAUCACUCACUUAGAGGUGGUGACCUGCUUUUAGCCAGCCCUAGCCCAGGUGGUCUUGCUAUCGAACAGAUGGAGCCGAUCGAUCUGAGUAUCAGGUCAACUAAGGGCUUUCAUAGAAGCAACCAAUCUCAGGAAGGCAAAUCCAAAACUGAGCACGAUAGCAGUGGAACGAACAAUAUAGGUGCACAGGAAAACUCUACCAAGAGCAAUCCUCUCGAUCUAAGCAUAGAUGUCAAGAGGCCGACUGCAGCAGAGAUUUCGCUCUAGCUGCAUUUGAAGUAAGCCUUUCAUACCCGGUUGCCGUUGUUGCUUCCCUUCUCUCAUUGAGAUGAUAUUUACUUGAAACGCAAAGACCAAGAAUAAUAGCAUCUCGGGUACUCAAGUAAUUCGGCCAGAAUCCUGGAACUAUGCGAGCUGAAUUUCGAAUUUAAAAUAAAUUCGGUGAUCCGAUGUAAAUACAAUUAGAGAUGUAGCUUUGAUAGAACUUGAUUUGUCAGUCGUCCCCAUUGAGUCCUUUAAAGAUAUCAUAAACCUGAUACGAGACUUCACUCAGUCAGUUUGGCACUGCUUACUUAAGUACACGGAAAUACUAGUUAUUGGAAAUAUACAAUUAUUGUACAAAGUGCCUACAUAUCCCCAUUUUAUUACGCUUGCACUCGAUAUGAUCAGAUGUCGAGUGACAAGCUUUUCAUUUUUCAGUAUAUCAGUAUUUCUCUUAUUUUGCACAGAGACGGGCUGGUCCCUACUGAUAUGUAAUGUUAACAUUUGACAGACAGACCUUUCGAAUGAGAUGUCAUAUAUCACUGAUCGACGAGAAAGCUCAACGGAAAACCUGUCUUUUCUUUUUUAAACAACUUAUUAAAAGCUUGUAGACAAAAUGUGUUCAAGAAACUUUGAAAUUCAUCUUAUUCAAAACUGUUACGUUAACUAAUUUAACGAAGCUAAAUAACACUUCUUUUCUUCAAUAGCAGAUAGUUUCAAUAUUCAUCUAAAACUCACCACUUUAUAAUUUUAUUCUUACUUCUUUCCUUUCCAUAAAGAAUGAAACUUAAUAUCAUGUGUGCAUACGACUACAUACACAGACGCGUGCGCGCGCGCACGCACACGCGCGCAUA